AUGCUGUUGUCAUUUUCUGCUAUUCGCAAGGAUGUUGUCGAUGUUCUGGAUUUCAUGGAGAUGUUAAAGAAUGAAGAAGAUCAAAAAGUUGGUGUCGUGAAUCUAAUUGAAAAACUGCAAUUGGAGCUGGCAUUUAUUUGUACAUACGUCCAGCUACCUCAUUCCGUAUUGGAAGAGUUUGAAGAUAUAAUGACUGGAAAAAGACAAGAGGUUGAGAAUCUUUUUCGAUCAAUUUUGUGUGAUGUUGAGCCCAACGUGGGGAUUAAAUACGACAUCCAUCAUGUUGUUACUUGCCUCAGGGAUAAUCUUGAUUAUUUUAUCAGCUCACAGCAUCAUUCUAAAUCAAGUGCUACCAUGACUGACGAGCAGUUGAACUUCCUCUUCUUGAAUCUCCAACAUCUAUCUAAGUAUGAGAUUCUUCAGAAUGUAUGUGGCAACAUAAAAGAAUUCCACGGGUUGAUAAUGAAUGGCUGCGUUGAGCACGAGAUUAUUGAAUAUGUCUUACCUCAGUUUCAACGUAUGGCUGAGAGAGUUGGACACUUCCUUUGGGAUGAACUAAUUAGUGAUCAAGACUCUAGAGUCGUCAAGCUAGCUCAUCUAUAUUUGAAGAUUAUUCCAAUUGAACUAGAGGUGAUGCACAUAUGUUUUACAAAUUUGAAAGGUUCAACUUCAGCAGCAGUUGAACUCUUCAUUGAGAAGCUCCUGGAGAUCAUUCCGGAUAUUCUUAAGAGAAUAUCUGACUCAUCUUCUCGAGCACAUGACUUUAUUCAUCAUGACAAAUUAUUUGAUCUCUUGGCACAUGUUGGAGAACUUACCAGGAAAGUAUCGACUCUUGUUCAAGAUUUAGAAGAGAAAUCAAGGAAACACUUAAAUGAUUUGUUCGAUUCCAAUGCUUAUUCAAUUGCUUUGAUAAAAGAAGAAAUUGAACUGGUGAAAGAAGACCUAAAAUUCCUACGAUCCUUCUUGAUUGGCGUUGAGCAAGAAUUAUAUAAAGAUCUUUGGACACGUGUUUUAGAUGUGGCAUAUGAGGCAAAAGAUGUCAUUGAUUCAAUUAUCGUUCCGAAGAACAGGGGCCUCAUUGUUGUAAACUCUCCCGAGAAGUCAGUUGAGAGAAAUUCAUUGACAGCUGGUAAAAUAAUUGUAGGUUUUGAGGAGGAGACAAACAUGAUAAUUAAGAAGCUCACUAGCGGACUGGCAGAUCUAGAUGUCAUUUCGAUCACUGGUAUUCCAGGUUCGGGUAAAACUACUUUGGCAUACAAAGUAUACAAUGAUAAAUUAGUUUCUAGUCAUUUCGACAUUCGUGUGUGGUGCACAGUCGGCCAUGAGUAUGAUGAGAAGAAGUUGUUGCAUAAAGUUUUGAAUCAAGUUACUGGCCCAGAUUUGAAGUUCAGUGAAGAUACUGAUGUUGCUGAUAUGCUACGGAGACAACUGUUUGGAAAGAGGUACCUAAUUGUGUUAGAUGAUGUGUGGGAUAAUACUACGUGGGAUGAAUUAACAAGACCUUUUCCAGAAUUUGAGAAAAGAAGUAGAAUUAUAUUGACGACUCAAGAAAAGAAAGUGGCUUUGCAUGGAAAGUGCAACACUGAUCCUCUUAAUCUUCGAUUGCUAAGACCAGAAGAAAGUUGGGAGUUAUUAGAGAAAAGAGCAUUUGGAAAAGAGAGUUGCCCUGAUGAACUAUUUGAUGUUGGAAAAGAAAUAGCCGAAAAUUGUAAAGAGCUUCCUUUGGUGGCUGAUCUGAUUGCUGGAGUCAUUGCAGGUUUGGAAAAGAAAAAGACUGUGGCUUGAAGUUCGAAAUGAUUUGAAUUCCUUUAUUUUGAACAGUGAAGUG